AUGGAAGGUGGUAGUGUUCCAUAUCGACUACAAGAUUCAGAAAAAGGGUACGGACCAGUCCUCACAUUGUCAAAGAAGGAAGCGGACGCAGGCCACCCUAUCCUCGACGUUGCCAAAGUUCAACAGCGGACAGCAGCAGCUUGUGACAUUGCAUUAAAAACUGUUGGACGCUUUUUGAAAGCAGCCAAAUCAUCUAUUGCUGCUUUGGGAUCCGUGCUUCUGAAAUCACUGGGGAAACACUCCAGAAAAUCACGUACGGCAACAAAUCUGGACGAUUUUCACAAAACAGCAGUGCGGCGGGCUGUAUUAGAAUUUCACGACCGAACUGAAAAAUGUCGACUUCGCACUUGUGUCACUUUUGUAUUGGAGGUGCAAAAUGUUAUGAAGAACAGUUCGUCAGAAGAAAGUUGUGAUGACAGUGAGAGCACAGACUGCACGGGUGACGACGAAGAAGAGGAUGUCUCCCUCGAUUUGUAA